AAUAAAUACAGCCACACACUAGAAUUUCAAUGCUGCAUUACUGUAGAGCUCUGAAGUCUUCCAUGGCUGCAUAGCAGUGCGGUCUAAAGUUCAAGAAAAAAUCAAGAAAAUGAAGACCAUGAGAUCCAAAUUUCACCUCCUGGGAUGCACCAAUCUCACCCACCCGACUUCAAAUUCUCCCGCUUUCAUUCCAAUCAGAGCCAAACCCCAUCUUCAGCAUCCCACGUAUCCAUCCGUAAUACUUGCGAAAACCGCUGCAGGUACAUCAAGAAAAACUUUAGCAUGUCCUACGAGAAAUUAUGCUGCAACAAAGCGCAUAGACAAGUCAGCAGUAUUGCUUGAAUUCACACCUAUAAAACAGGAACUCCCAAAAAAUGAGCAUUCAAGGUUUCUUGUUCUGGGAGCUGUGUCUGUAGGAAUUGUGUGGUUUCUGAUGGCCAUGGAUGAUCAGAAGGCAUUGGCUUUAGGUCCUGAAGGGCCUCUAAUGGAAGAGUUUUGGGAGAACGUGAGGAGGUAUGCACUUUAUGCAUUAACUGUAAGCACAGGUGCUCUUUACACAAUCUUCGAACCUAUAGGGGAAUUGCUCAAGAACCCCAUUACUGCAGUGCUCAUUCUUCUUAUCUUUGGAGGCAGUUUCUAUGUUCUUUCUCAAGUGCUUUCUGUCAUGCUUGGUGUCUCUGAAUUUAAUUAUGAUUAUUCAUACUAGAUUGACAGGUUUUCCUUUCUGUUGAAUUGUACGAAGAUGAGAAAAUCUUUCUGACUUCAAGAGAUCUCAUAUUGCAGUGUUCACCUUA